UUGGGCCUCAGCUAUUUUCUUAAACCUAAUGUGCUUCGGCUAAAAAUUUUACUUAUCACAGGACAAGAAAUUAUUGUCGGUCUCUCCCCCCAUACGAAUGAAGCCGGUGCUCAGGCCGUUGCUCGGGCUUUUCCCGAAUACCCUACUACAAUAGUUCCCGUGCAUUCACCUUACACUUCACUUAAGUCUGCUGUAUCCAUGGCUGGUAUUAACGUCAUGGCUGUUUGCCAAGACAAACCUGCUCAGGACAUACUAAAGAUCCAUUCUUUGUAUUAUGUUCAGGAAAUAUGUCGAGCUGCUUCCUACACUUACAAAGUGUUGACGUUGCCUGAACCAAAUGCAGUUCAGAUGCUUUACGUGAACAACUAUCUCCUACAUUUACCCGCUGAUAUGAUUCCAAACAGCACUGGGCCUUAA